CGGAAUGAUGACUGCUGAAGAUGAACACUCCCACAUUUGCCGGCAUGAGCCGGAAGUGUACCGCUGAACUACCCCCGGAGGAGGGGAUGGAAGUGGACUGCCAGCCAGAGGAACUGUCUAAAUCCCCGUACGAAGACCGCUGUGCCGAUCUUGGAGGCGUCAAAGACAUGAGGCUGGAGGCUGAAGCAGUGGUCAACGAUGUGCUUUUUGCUGUGACUGACAUGCAUGUGUCUCAAACUCUCACAAACGCCUUGGACGUGGCUUAUAUAAACGUGGAAACUAGAGAAGGGAACCGCUACUGCUUGGAGCUUACCGAGGCGGGGCUAAGGGUGGUGGGCUACGCCUUUGAUCAGGUCGAUGAGAGUCUUGGCUCCCAGUAUCAUGAGACUGUUUACUCGCUGCUUGACUCCCUCAGCCCUGGAUACAGAGACGCAUUUGGAAAUGCGCUGCUACAGCGACUCGAGCGGCUCAAACAAAACGGACAGUGAAGAAUCCAGAAUCCAGCACCAAAGCAGGAGUUUGGUUAUUUCAAAACAGCUUUGCUAGCUAAUUGUUAUGCUGCAGUUACGUGAACAGUCAGCUUAAAGCAUCAGUGGUAUCCUUUCCUAUCAGUAAGACCUUAUUGCCUGAUUUUACCGUUUUAACAAAACUUAUCGGUCAAGUGCUAGAGUUAGUUAAGUUACAUACACGGCUACUUGGCAAUGCUUUUAUUGUGUUUUAGGGCAGUGACACAGUGAGGGCGCUGUAACUUCAAGACUAACGUGUUGAUUGUAACGCAACAUAGCUCCCUGCUGUUAUUCAAAAUACUGAAAAGGAACAGGACAGAAAAUACCGUUGCUGAUGCACAGGACCCCUGAAAAGUCAGUAUUUGCUAAUCGCUUCGUCAGAUGAAAAAAAGAAAAUAAAAUAGGCCUAAAUGUUGUUUUACAAAAGGGCAUUUCACUAUUUUUGACUAAACUGGACCUGGAAAAGCUGCUUACUUUUUGGUAACCGACUGGUCUGCGACGUAGAGGCCCUCUAAAAUCUCUUUGGGAUGGACUUUUAUUUUGGAAAAAAGAGGCAACGCACAUCGUUUACUUACCUCAGUUUAUCGUUUUCAAGACUACUUGAUACCACAGAAAUGCGUUUGCUGAUUUGCUUUACUUCCUUUACUUUUUCCACUUUUAUCAGAGACAUUUUGUUUGUUUUUAUUUUACCUGAAUGACAGUUUUAAACUGCACAAAAUCUCAAGUAUUUUGUGAUUUUCAUCCAAAACAGAAGAUUAAUUAUUAACCAUAACUACAGUAGGCUGGAGUUAAAAUGUUUGAAUUUUACUGAAUUAUUGUAGUACUUCAGUACAACAAUAUCUUAUUUGCGGUCUUGUUUUUUUUAUUACUGUUGCAUCAGCCACUUCAAAUCGGAUUACAUUUCAGGCUUUCCUUAGUUAAAGAAUAUAUUUUUAAAAUAUCUGUUUAUUGUUUUAGGGGCACUGGAUUUUGAACUGCACACUGACCUUUACCCCAGAUCAUGUGCUCUCUGUUGCACAAAACCACACUUAAGGAAAGAGAGUAGCCAUUAUCUGUGAUGUUUGAAAGGGCUACUAAAACAUAUAAAAGGUUACAUUCCAUAGGUUUUUUUCAUUGUUUGGAUUUUCGAUAAAGGAGAGAGAAAUGCGAGCUUUGAUAUAAAUACAUAAACAUGAAAGUGUUUACUUCAUGUUUUAUGAGCCUGUUGAAAUUCAACCUACAUUUGUAAUUUUUGUAUACAGCGUUUGAGGCAGAUGAUAAUGUGCUGCUUUGUCAGAAUAAGGCCAGUCACCAGACUCGCUCUCAUCAUCUGUGCAAAUUCUUGUGAAACCAAAUAAAUCCAUCUUGAACAUGCCUCUAAUUAUUUUAGGGAGUUUGUUCAGAAACCUCAGACAAAAGUAAUGAUAAUGUGUGUUUAAGAGACGACGGACUGAUAUGUUAUGCUGCCUCUUGAAUGGCUGCUUACCUGUGUUUCCGUUCAAUAAAAGCACACAUAAUGAA